AUGCACAUCAUCCUUAAACUCCGUGGUCCACCUGGCUGGCAUAGCUCGCGUUCCUUCCUUCGGUCUCAAAAGUCGUUCAUUCGCCAUAAUGUUGACCCAAAUAAGCGCCUGGCCUCAUCCGACGCGCCCCGAGCUCAACCAAAGCGUCCUCGCGGAAAUUCAUGGUUCUUUUAUCCGGCGGCGCUUCUAGCGCUUACUGGUGCGGGGUGCUAUGCAUAUGAUAAUCACCAGCCCUCCCGGCAUGCUGUAUUGGCGACUGUACGGUGCUCCCGACUUGCGCGGGCUGCGAUUUCCGGAGCAAUUGAUUACAAGCGUACUUUUGCGCGCACGUAUGGCUCCGAGGAAGACAGGCUUGAAGCCGUCUCACAAUGCCAUGUCCGGAGUGCUACGAAGGUGCUGAAAGCUCUGCUGGCCAAUGGAGGCAUUUAUAUCAAAUUGGGACAACAUAUCGCGUCGCUAAUCGUACUACCAAGGGAAUGGACGAGUACGAUGGCCCCACUUCAAGACAAAUGUGAUGCCACUCCAUACGAGGAUAUUACAGCACUGUUCCUAUCCGAUAUGGGACAACCUAUAAACGAGCUUUUUGAUGAUUUCGACCCGGUUCCUAUUGGUGUCGCAAGUUUAGCUCAGGUUCAUGUCGGAUAUCACAAGGCGUCAGGCAAGAAGGUUGCUGUGAAGGUCCAACAUCCUCACCUGGUUGAAUUCUAUAAUAUUGACAUGACCAUGGUCCAGUCUACUUUGAGUUGGGUCAAGUACUGGUUCCCGGAAUUCGAAUUUACCUGGUUAGGUGAGGAAAUGCGGGAGAACCUCCCAAGAGAAAUGGAUUUUGUGCACGAAGCCCGCAAUACGGCUCGUGCGGUUGCGGAUUUUGAAAAUAUCAAGACGUCAUUAUACAUACCCGAGGUCAUAUCCGCGAACAAACGAGUUCUCAUCAUGGAGUAUAUCCAAGGAGGUCGCGUAGACGACCUUGCAUACCUCGCAAAGCACAACAUUGACAGGAAUAAAGUUGCACUGGAGCUUACGCGAAUUUUUAAUCGAAUGGUAUUUGUGAAUGGGUGGUUCCAUGCGGAUCCUCACCCUGGUAACUUGUUAAUACGGCCUGCCUCUAAAUCCUCCAAGUCAUCCUACAACUUUGAGAUCGCACUAUUAGACCAUGGAUUGUACUUCGAUCUUGAACGGGAACUACGCGUGAACUACAGCAGAUUGUGGCUGUCGCUCAUUGCUCACUCGUCACCAACCGUUGAUGCUGAUCGUCGGAGGUAUGCAGAGGCGGUCGGGAACAUCACACUUGAUUUGUAUCCUAUUUUCGAGGUAGCAAUCACUGGCAAGCCCUCCGCGCUGGCAGAUGUUUCUUUAUUUAAUAUUUUUCACCAGGCCGGUACAUUUGAAGAUGACGAACCGAAGACCAACAUCCGACGAGCCACAGGCAUGCUCGAUAUGACAUCUCAGACUGAGGAGGAAAUGGAACUCAUCCGAAAUACUGUUGCCAAUCGCGAAGAUAUACUGGUAUCCGUAUUGGAUGUCCUGCGCCGACUGCCUAGGCGGGUACUGAUGGUCAUGAAGCUCAAUGAUCUUGCGAGGCACUUGGACCAUUCACUUGCAACGACACAUUCGAGCGUCAGGAUAUUCCUCAUCACAUCAAAGUACUGCAUGAAGGCGGUAUGGCAAGAUGAGAAAAGACGCUUCCACGAGGUUGGACUCGGUAAUCCGCUUUUAACUUCACACUUGAUUGCACCCACUCGCAGGGCGUUCGCAACUGGGUAUUCUCAAGUCACAUUCAUUGAGCUCAUGAUGGACUGGCAAGCUUCGCUGGUUAAGUCGACCGCGUGGUUACGUGGGUUUUAUUCUAGAGGAUUAGCGGGAGCACACGAUGCGGCGGCUGGUCUUUCAUGA